AUGCAAUUCAUGCCCCAGAAGGCUGUUAAAGGUCAAGCAUUGGCAGAUUUCCUAGCUGAUCAUCCGGUACCAGGACCAUCUAGGUUGUAUGAAGACUUACCUGAUGAAGUCGCUGAAGCUUGCGUAGCCCAAGAAGUUAUGCAAGUGUGGAAGUUAUUCUUUGAUGGUGCAUCCAGAGCAAACCCUCAAGGAGCAAUUACCACGAGAGUAGGAGUAGUAUUCAUCUCUCCAAACGGUCACGUGAUUCCAAGAGGAUUUUCUUUGAUCGCACCCUGCACCAACAAUGUAGCUAAGUAUAAUGCUCUACUAUUAGGGAUGCAAUUUGCUGAGCAGCUUAACAUUCAACACCUUGAAGCAUAUGGUGACUUUCAGCUCAUCGUAAAUCAAGUCUGUGGAGAAUACGAAGUACGUAAUGAGGAUUUACUCUCGUAUUACUUCACAGUGCUAAAGCAAGCUCGGAAGUUCAAAGAUUUAUUCAUUGGAUAUAUUCCUCAAGCUCAGAAUGCUUAUACAGACGCCUUAGCAUCGCUGGCAACCUCAUUAGCAUUGCCCAUAGGGGUUGAAACAUGUUACAAAAAUAAUUCUCGAGGAAAAGGCGACUAA